AUGGCAUCCCAAACCAGUGGUCAGCUCAGAGACGUUCCACUGCAUCACACGAGCGGCGUGAGUGUCGGCGAUUGGGAGAUCCUGCUGAGCUGGUGUGAAUCCGCAUUGGAGAGCCGCCUCGUGAUCAAGUACGCGUGCACUUUGCUGGCCGUGGCCGUGUCAUACCUCUUCUGGUGCUACUUUCGACGCCCCAUCAACUGGACACGGAAUUUAACAGACAUCGGAUACAGACACUUGACAGACACACAAUCCUCUGACCAUGCCAAGCGAGACACGAUCAACAAUCACAGAAGGAUGCGAAAGCUGGGAAUUAAGUUGCCGCCACCCUUCCCCAACGGAUGGUUCUGCAUUGCAGAGUCUGCGGACGUGCCGGCGGGAAAGUCCAUCAGCGUGAGCUGCUUGGGGAACACUUUUGCGGUGUUCAGGAGCGAGGAGACCCAGGAAGUGUUCAUCCUCGAUGCCUACUGCCCGCACUUGGGCGCGAAUCUCGGUGUUGGCGGAAUGGUCAUGAAGGACUGCAUUGAGUGUCCUUUUCACCACUGGAAAUUCCGCGGUACAGACGGACAAUGUGUGGACAUUCCCUAUAGUUGUAAUGACACAAUUCCGAAAACCGCCAAAGUCAAGAGUUGGAAAACACACGAGAUGAACGGUUUUAUCUAUGUCUGGCAUCAUAGUGAUAAUCUUGAGCCGUGGGGGUUGCCCAGAGUCCAGGAAAUUGAUUCGGGAAAGUGGGUUUACUACGGACGCAAUGAAUUCUACAUCAAUUGCCACAUUCAGGACAUCCCAGAAAAUGGAGCUGACGUCUCACACUUGAAAGCCAUUCACGAAGCCGGAAUGUUUGCCGGAAGUGAUCUGAGAUCGGCCAGAUUGUCUAAGUGGGCGUCGCUGGGAUUGCAUGCUUGGGAUGCUAAAUGGCAACCAAUGGCCGAAGAGGGACAACAUCAUAUAGCAGUAAUGAGCCUCAAGCACUCCUUCAAACUCUUCAACAAGAUGGACAUUGUGAAUGUUAAUAUUACAGCAAGACAAAUUGGACCGGGAUACGUGCAAUUGUACCUGGAAUCGUCUAUAGGCAUUAUGAUGGCUCUUCAGUGUGUCACUCCGGUUUCUCCCUCUGUCCAGAAAGUCAUCCACAGAUUCUACGGACCUGACAAUCUUCUUUUUGCCAAGUUUGUCGUCUGGGGCGAAACUAUAAUGUUUGAAAGAGACAUCAUGGUGUGGAACAAUAAGCAGUACAUUGACAAUCCUUGCCUGGUGAAGGAGGACAAGCAGAUCAAAUCUUUCCGCAAUUGGUACAAGCAAUUCUAUUCCGACACAAGUCCUGGCUAUGGAAACUUCCAAGUGGGGCUCGAUUGGUGAUCACAUCUGCACAAAAUCUCUCCAAUGCAUCACAGAAUUUACAUUCCAGAACAGUUCUGGACAAAAUUUCUUAAAUGUUUUAUAUUAAACUGGUGUAAAAAU